CCUCCCUUCAAGAUGGAAACUCUUGAGUGACCCACCCACGGAAAACCUCAGACGUCGUUCACCAGCAGCCCGCUUACACCAGGAAGAAGUUGAACAGGCCCAAAAGCCAUGAGUUACCCUGGCUACCCUCCUCAAGCUGGUGGAUACCCACCACAACCUGGUGCUUACCCACCUCAAGCAGGGGCCUACCCUCCUCAGCCUGGCACCUACCCUCCUCAGGCUGGCGGAUAUCCACCACAACCUGGUGGCUACCCACCUCAGGCAGGCGGUUACCCACCCCAGGCGGGCGGCUACCCACCGCAGGCUGGCGGUUACCCACCCCAAGCGGGAGGUUACCCACCCCAGGCCGGAGGUUAUCCACCCCAAGCCGGAGGUUUUCCACACCAGGCCGGAGGAUACCCACCAGCACCUCCACCAGGCAGCUGGGGAGGCGGGCCUGCUGGCGGAUAUCCCUCCAUAGGUGUGGACAACCUCACCAACCCGGGAUACAAUGCGGGCAUGGCCAGCCAGAUGUGCCAAGGAGUAGGGUGUUUUUUGACAAACCCCUCCAUGUACGCCCACGCCCCCGGGGGAUACCCGCCUGUCUAUGCACCAGGCGGGUACGGUGCCCCUUUCCCUAACCAACAGUCAUAUGGCCUGUACCCGCAGCCAGGAGGAGCCAUGCCUCAAGGCCCGGCGAUGGGCUACCCAGGCCAGCCUAUGCCCGGCUACCCUCGUGCACCAUCUCCCAACCCGACCGGUUACGGAGCAGCACCUGCACCUAUGCCAGGGUACCCGAAGGUCCCAUCUCCAAAUCCAUCGAUGCAAGCUUAUGGAGGCGGAGCCAUGCCAAUGGCCCCGCCUGUUAAAAAAGGGUUCAGAGGGACGAUCAAGGACUUUCCUGGAGCAGACCCUCUCAAAGAUGUGGAGGUCCUGAGGAAGGCCAUGAAGGGCUUUGGAACUGAUGAACAGGCCAUCAUCGACUUGCUGGGGAGUCGUUCCAACAAGCAGCGUGUUCCUUUGCUCCGUGCCUACAAAACCUCCUAUGGGAAGGAUCUGAUUAAGGACCUCCACUCUGAACUGUCGGGCGACUUUAGGAAGCUGGUCAUGGCCACAUUGAAGAGCCCGGCUCAGUUUGACGCCUCUGAGAUCCAUAGUGCCAUCAAGGGCGCUGGAACUGACGAAGCCUGUCUGAUAGAAAUCCUCUCGUCUCGUUCCAAUGCCGAAAUCAAGGAGAUAACCCGUAUUUACAAAACAGAAUACAAGAAGUCUAUGGAGGAUGCCAUCAGCAGUGACACCUCAGGACACUUCCGUAGGCUCCUGAUCUCCCUUGCGCAGGGUAAUCGUGAUGAAAGACCAAAUGUCGACCUCUCACUGGCCAAGCAAGAUGCUCAGGCUCUGUACGCAGCUGGAGAGAACAAGCUGGGGACGGACGAGUCCAAAUUUAACGCCAUCCUAUGUGCCAGGAGCAAAAGCCAUCUCGCGACAGUUUUUCUGGAGUACCAGAAGAUGUGCGGCAGGGAUAUCGAAAAGAGCAUCAGCAGGGAGAUGUCAGGAGACUUGGAGAGCGGCAUGUUGGCUGUGGUGAAGUGUAUUAAGAAUACACCAGCCUACUUUGCUGAACGGCUUUACAAGGCCAUGAAGGGGGCUGGUACUAAAGACACCACUCUCAUCCGAAUCAUGGUGUCCCGUUCCGAGGUCGACAUGCUGGAUAUCCGCCAGGAAUAUGUGAAAAACUAUGGCAAGUCUCUGUACACGGACAUCUCCGGCGACACAUCAGGAGAUUACAAGAAGCUCCUUCUCAAGCUGUGUGGUGGCAAUGACUGAAGCAAUCGUAUUUCACGUCCCUUCAAUAUUAAUCCGUUUUGGCUUUAUAUUGUCAAAGCAAUAUACAUACGCUGCAAAAGUGCAUGCCAUGCCAGUGUCUUCAAUGUUUACCGUAUUGUAACCUCAAAUCGCCACUCGCAAUACAAUGUGUACACAAAAGCUGUUCUGUUUUUUUACAUGCUGAGUAGUUGAUAUAAACUUCGGAGAGAGUUCCAAUGCAUUAUAUGUGAGAAAAAGCUUUGUAUUUUUUAAAAGUAUACUGUUAAUUGUUUAUUGGAUCCCCAUUCGCUGUUGCAAUAAUGUGCUAGAUAUAGAUGUGCCUUUAUGACCAGAUAUGUCCGAUCUGGUUCAUGUUUCAAAAGUUUAAUAAUGUUCAACAAUGCUGAAUUGAAAUGCACAAGUGCCACAACAUAUCACACUUUGCGAUGUAAUCUCUAUUGCAAGUCUGCAUUUACAUAUUCCUUGUUGUUGUUGUGCUUUAUGGUUUAGGAGCAUGUGAACAUGAACCAUUUUAGUUCACACAUUUGCCAGGAAUUUUAUAUUCACAAGUCCCAGAAAAUAAACACUGACAACUGAC